AUGUCCUCGGAAGAAGAGCAAGAUGCCUGCAAUGUUUGUGAAAGAGAUAGUUCUCCCAGUAAAAAUCCCAUCAUGUUUUGUGAUGGCAAAGGUUGCAAUAUGCCAGUUCAUAAGCGUUGCUAUGGUUUAAAGCAAGUGCCAGAAGGAGACUGGUUUUGCCAGAGAUGCGAGAACAAGAAAAAGAAGAAAGCUACAAACAUCAUUUGUUGCCCUGUUCAAACUGGGGCUAUUAAAAAGACAAAGCUGCAAGAUAAAUACAUGCACAUUGUUUGUGCGCUUUGGAAUAAGGACAUUGACAAUACUGUAGAGCCUUACCCUGUGCCCGAAAGUCGACUCAAUAAGCAGACCUGUGGAUUUUGCCUCAAAAGUGUUGGUUUAUGUAUCAGUUGUGAAGAACCUGAUUGCUCAGAAUGUUGGCAUGUAACAUGCGCUAUCAACAAUAACAUUAUAACCCCCGCUGCAUCUGUUCCUGCUAGUUUCUCUGCCAGAUGUGUCAAACAUGAGAUCAAAUCAAGCAAAAGCAAAGCAUCCUCAACACCACAGAAGAAGAAAGGCAGAAGACUCGUCAAAUCAAAGAAAAUAUCAGAUUCAGAAGACUCUGAUGAAGAUGAAGAUGACGACUUUGAAGGCGAAGACGAUGAAGACGAUGACGAAGACGAUGACGAAGAAGAGGAAGAGGACGAGGAUGUAGAGAUGGAACCUGAAACGACAAAAGAUAACAAGGGGAAGGUCUCUUCAAACAAAAAACAAAAUGCUGAAGAUAGUAAUAAGGAUAACAAGUCCAAGGAUGAGGAUGACAGCAGUAGUAACAGCAGCAUUGGUGCAAACAGCAGUGCAGUCAACAGCCAAAUGCCUACCAAGAAGAUCCUCGCUAUUGGAAACAAACAACCACCGUCUUCGUCUUCGGUUAUAUCCUCUAGCCUCGGUACCUCAUCUACCAUUCGCUCGCCCUCAUUGAAGAAGGAAAUCCCCAUGAAAAGGAGACUCUCUCCCAACUCACUCUUUGGACAUGAUCAGAGUUCAGAUGACAGUGACGAUGACAUGGGUACUAAAAGCAGACCAAAAUCAAGUAACAGCAAUGUCAACAGCAAUAACAACACCAACAAUCAUAGCAAAUCUCUUGCAUCGAUAUCAUCAAAGCAUGCCGAAAGAAUCGAGGCCAAAAGAAAGAAGUCUGGCUUGGAGUCUGUACCCACAUCGUCAACAGCAUCAGUACCAGCAAGACCCAGCAUAUUGGAAGACAUGAAGAGACCCUCGGCUAGUCUGACGCCUCCAUUGCCCACUGGAACACCAACUAAGCAAAAGCUGCCCAACAAGGCACACCUACUAAAUAACACAUCCACGUCUACAAAUGCAUCCAAUUCAUCUACAAAUAGCAAUACGCCUUCAUCUAUAUCCAGCAGCGGCAAUGGCCAACGUCCUGUCGUUACUCCUCCUAUCAAGAAGCAAAACGGGCCAGGCAUUAUAAAAGAUAUUGAUGAGAUUCAAAAUGAUAUCAGAGCUGGUGCCCAGCGCUGGAAUAACACAUCGAAUACGCCACUUCAUCAUCCUCAACCUACCACACCUCAUUCUAUAUCAACCGCAUUUUUCGAAAACGAUGGUAAAAGCAGAAUGGACAACAAUAGAAAGUCAAUGAAUGGUGGAGAGAAGGAAGAGCUCAUGCGUCUGCGAGAAGAGAGCCGAAGAUUGAUAGACUUCAAACGCACUGUCACUGAGGUAUUGACAAAUCUGAACGUUCCUCUACAGUCUGGUCUUCUUCCAUCACAAGAUGUUGACAAUUACGUCGCUCAAUUACAAAUGUUGCUGAAACGCGUUGGCCCAAUCCGCGAAAAUGAAAGAGUUCAGAUCCAAGAAUGUGUAAAAGGCGCAUUGCAGCAUAAUAAUAACCAACAGCAUCCACAGUAG